CAAGAACAUGGCAGCCCCCUCGUCUGUUUUUAUCGUUCACGCCGUACACACGUGCGACAACCUUUGAGCCAUCGAAACAGUGCAGUAAUUAUGUACACGAUCGGUGCGAUAGCCGAUCUUAUCAACGCCAGAAAUGCUUCGACUUCCGGCGUUGCGGGGACAUCUGCAAAUACCAAGGAAAAGGCUAAGCCAACACUUCGUUAUGUGGAGUUCCAGAGCAAAGCUGCGUUACCGCCGGUAAAGGCGUCGCGACGCGAGCGCAGACUUGGAAGACGCCUUCAUGGUGAGCUGUUACCUCGUGCUCGAGAAAAAUGUGCUGAACUAGCCGAAAGCGAGCUCGUAUGCAGUGAAGGCAGCACCGACGAAUCGGACAGCGAUGAACAAGCACCCAUCGAGGAGAGUGUGAGGGGCAGUAGUAAGGAUAACAGCCAGAAUUCUACGAGACUUCUGCAAAACAAGAAGAAAGAAAAUGAGUUCAAAAGGAAGGUACCGAGUGAUAACGUGGACAACGGAGAUGGUGGUUCUAAGCCAAUGCAGCCACUUAAACGACGCAAGCAAGACGACGCAGACCAUUCCGACGUGGUCACUCAGAAUGAAACUCGGCGGGAGAAGAAAGUGCGGCAUCCGGACACGCCGGACAAGGACGAGAGAACCGUUUUCGUCGGUAAUGUACCAGGAACUGCCACCCAGAAAGCUGUGCGACAAGUGUUCUCAAAGUACGGGAUUAUUGAGAGCAUUCGAUUCCGGUCUAUAGUCCCUGCUAAAGAGAGUCUCAGCAAGAAAGUCGCCUUCAUCAGCAAAGCGUUGCAUUCGAACAAGCAGACUGUGAAUGCUUACGUCGUAUUCAAGACAAAGGAAGCAGUCAACCAAGCUCUUACCUUGAAUGGUAGUGUACUCUUCGGCAACCAUAUCAGAGUGGACUGCGUUGGUGCCCCCAAGUCACAAGUGAGUGAGAAGCAAACGGUCUUUGUUGGAAAUCUGGCACACGAAGUUCAAGAUGAGGAACUUUGGAAGUUAUUUGCAGAGUGCGGUGAUGUAGUUGCUGUGCGUCUUGUGAGAGACAAGGUAACUGGCAUGGGCAAAGGUUUUGGCUUUGUCACUUUCAAGCAAAUGGAUGGAGCCGCACUCGCCUUGGAAAUGACUGGCCGGGAAGUGUCGGGAAGGCCCAUCAGGGUAUCACCAUUUUCGAAACAGGCUGUGCCCAAAAAAACCAUUCAGCAGAGAUCUCCCUUCCAGCGGAGAGCAAAGAAGGCUCAGGAGUCGUUGGAGGGUGUAAACUUUAAGGGCUCUCAGGCUGAACAUCUCACAAAAAGGAAAAAGAAGCUGAAAAAGCAGAUACGACAGAAGGCACAGCAAAAGCUCCAGAAAAAAAUUUUCCAGCUUGGAGGUGGCUCUCCCAAAAAAGCAAAAAAGAAGGAUGCAAAGCAGGCAAAAAAAGUUGGGGAGUAAUACUGAAGUAUUCACUCGUAUCUGUAAGAUGAAUCCACUGUGCUGCAUAUCUUUUGUGGCCCAGUAAAUGUAAAAAAAUACGACAUAAAAUUUAUUUGCACAAUGACA